AUGGCGUCGGCAAGCCAGGCAGGAUCGUUUCAAGCGCGAAGCGCGACCGUGUCGCGCGUGACCAACGAGACCAAGAUCGAGGUUUCGCUCUCGCUUGAUACGCACCCGACGUUUGCGCCGCAGACGAUCAACGUCAAGACGGGCAUCGGCUUUCUCGACCACAUGCUGCAUGCGCUGGCCAAGCACGGAGGCAUGUCAUUGACGCUGGCGUGUGAGGGCGAUCUUUGGAUCGACGACCACCACACUGCGGAGGACUGUGCACUUGCACUGGGUGCUGCGUUCAAGAAGGCGCUUGGACCCGUCAAGGGCAUCAAGCGCUACGGCACGGGGCAUGCGCCGCUGGACGAGGCGCUGAGCCGUGCGGUGAUCGACAUCAGCUCGCGCCCCUACUGCGUCGCCGAGCUCGGGCUGAAGCGCGAAAAGAUCGGCGACCUGAGCUGCGAGAUGAUCCCGCACGUCUUCCACAGCUUCGCCAUGGAGGCGGGCGUCACGCUGCACGUCGACUGCCUGCGCGGCGACAACGACCACCACCGCUCCGAAUCGGCAUUCAAGGCUCUUGCGCUCGCCAUCAAGGAGGCCAUCUCCAGGACAGGCACCGACGAUGUUCCCAGCACCAAGGGUGCAUCUUCACUGUCUCUCGAAUUUGACCUAUUUUUUGCCAUCGCAACAUCUCGUACACUGCUUGCACUCGAAUGUUGGUCCUGGCAGCGCACACGGCUGGCCGAGACCUCCAUCGCCAUGGGCGCAAGGUUGGGACCAUGCUGCAUUCUGAUCAUGAUGGCCAUCGACGUCACUCGUCACGUCGGUCCCGCACAGACCGUUGCAGCUCGCUCUACUCUGCACCGCCUCUCGCUCCCUCUGCUCACUCUGCAGCAUGAUGUCACGUGUCUUGACGUUUCUGUCAUGGAGGCGAAUGGUGUAGAGAUUGGCUGGACGUUGUUGGGCGCCUGCGAGGAAACGCCGCCCCAUCGCAUCCGCACCAAUCCCACGCGCCGACGGAAGCCGCACAACAACACCUUAUCGUCCUCGUUGCGACGCGUCUCUCUGCGUCCUCCAGCCACACAUCUUGCUGCUCUCGAGCCUCUUGAUAUCGGCCUGAUCCGCCUCGCCCUUUCUCAGUCCCUCCGCACGAUCGUCCAUCGCACAUCCACUACUACCAUGGCCUCGCCUGUCCCGCAUACAAAUACGGCCAGGGCUCCGUUGGCCGAACUCCCGCUCCACCAAUUCGUAUCGCAGUCUCUUGCUGCUUCGCCAACAUCCAACUCCGAGAAGCUCCUCAAGACACCCUCGCGUUCGCGGUCUCGCUCGCCGUCUCUGUCGCGCAGCCGCAGAGGCUCGCUUUCCGUCUCACCGCACAAGCAAGCCGUGCUGCAGAACCAUCGGCUCGUUCGCGAAGGCUCAGUUGCGUCACCAUCGAGCUCGUCCAGUCCAUCCGAACCGAUGGCGGACACAGACGUGUCACUUCGCCCUCGCCGUCUUUUCGAGUCUUCCGGGCAGGCCGGUCUCGACCUCGAGGCCAGCCCGGUCUUAGCGGCGGCCACCUCGGCAGGAUCGCGGUUUUCGCCUCGCAACGUCGGGAAUCUGGUGCACCACUCUCCCGGCCGCCCAUCCACUCCAAAGGGCGCCUCAACAACACCGCUCAACACGAGGCACCAUCGUCCUCCUCACACCUCGGGUCCGAAGCCGGACAAGUUUGUUGAGCCAAGCCCCACGACGCAGCGCGUGUCCGAGCCCAGGCUGCCUGCCACUCGUCGACGCGACCAGGACGCGGCGGCUGCCACCUCCACGCCUUCCCGCACGCGCAUCCGUCAAUUGAGCGCCGCGGCCGAGACACAGACGGAGAUGGCCGCGGCAGGUGCCACGACUCCUGUCGAAGACCCGAUUCAAGCAGCUUCGAGCGCGGUUCUGCAGAGCUUGCCCAAGAAGAAGCACCGCGUUUCGCGCACCGAGGUCGCCAUCGCACACGAAGAGGCGGGUGCGGGCCCCAUGGCGAGCCCCAGCCCGCGCAAGAUGACCGACUACUUUUCGCCGUCGCAAGACGAGCCGGGCGCUUCCGUAUCGGGGCUCGCCCUCAGCCGUCGUCGGGCCGACUCGAUCACGCUCGACGCGGCGGCCGUCGCAUCGCUGCCGAGCCUGGCUGGACUAGGCACCAAGACGUCCGCCAAUGGGUUGGCUCUGGCGCAGUCGGGCCUUUUCCUCGGCCUCGUCGCACGUCCGCUGCCAGGGUGGACGGUGUACGAAGACGCGAGCCCGGACGCGCUGGCGAGCCAAGACACGGCGCCGUCUCAGGACCAUGCUGCGAGCGAAUCGGACGCCUUGAGCGCUGCGUCGAGCCCGAUGUCGAGCCCGGCUCGCAACGCGCCAUCCACGCCGAACAAGGAGAAUCGGCGGCCGGAUGCGAGCCUGCUGGCGUCCAUGGUGGUGCCCAUGGCGCUGCCGGACCGCGCGUACAGUGUGGAUAUCCUGCCGGCCAAGACGGGCGCUGCGUCGAGGAAGCGGGGCACGGGCGGCCGUUUGAGUCUGCUGGCCGACGCCGAGGAUGGUGAUGCGGCCAAAGAAGCGCUGCAGCAGGAUGGCGAGGACGGCGACAACUCGGCACUGUCCGGAUGGGGCAAGAAGCCCAAAUCCAGAGUUCAUCAUGGUUCCGCUGCUGGCACACCGGCGUCAGGCACUCGCAAGGCCUCGGCGCACCAGCGCAAAGCUUCGGCCGGUAGCCGCAAGGCCUCGAGCACACAUGGAGUCGAUGCAGCCGUGUCGGUGGAUGCAGUUGCCUCGCGAACCCGAUCGCGCACGCGCGCCUGA